AAGUACUACUGUAUUGCGCCUCGCAUCGUAGGAAAGCAAAAGUCGUUAUUGGUGGGAUGAUCUCGGAGCCUUAACUGCUGCAUAUACUAUUUCUUUAAUUGCUUCUAAUGCUCUCUCCUCUCCAACAACGGUGGUCUGAACACAGGUCCUGCCUACUCCGAACAUACCCCGAUAUAAAAGCAAUCCGGCCGGUUGACUAAAUUAUGGGGAGUUAAUGAGCACCAUUGGUGACUAUCCAGGCAAUAGCCUUGGAUCCUGCGAUUUAUAGACUACUGCAAGUAGUACACAAUGACGUUGCUAGGAGUUUCACUAUUGUUUCAUGCGUCUCAAACUGCAAGGUUGUCGCCUGAGUGCCCUGCCAACCAUGUCACCGUUAGUUCAACAGACGACGCCCCAGCAAACCGCAAUGCCUGUCGCAAUCUUAGCAGAACUGUUGGGGUGCCUAUUUCGUGCAUGAUUUUCACCGUAGUGGAUCAUUUUGCACAGAACACUAGUGUUAGUUCGCUUAGUUACAAGAACUAGACUUAACUUCGGAAAAAAAAAGUCUAUAAUAGAGGACAUUAAGAUAGUCAAGCUUAAGAGCCCAGAAGCACGUAUCCUAGCAAUAAUGCGAGACGUAGC